CACUACUAUAUAACAAAUAAUUUGAGUAGGAUGGUUAAAGAAAGUAGCACCAAGAAAAAGAAGGCAGAAUCUGCUCCUGGAGAAGCUAUGGAGACCAACAAUGAGGAGGUAGUAGAUACCAAGCCAAAAAAGAGAAAGAUUGCCAUCCUCUCGGAUGAUGUUGACUUUGUAAGGGGAAAGAAAGCUACACAACCUGAUGCUACCAAACCUCUUAAGACAGAGGCAGACAACAUAUUUAAAGAAAAAGUAGAGCAUAUAUUCUCGGAAAAAUCCAUAGCCAAAAAGUCUAAAGAUGAUUCUAUUUCUGAUCUGGGAAAACCAUUGGAAGAUCUUACAUACAAGAAACUGUCCCCUGGUAUGCUGAUGCUCGGUGUUGUUUCUGAAGUUGGUGAGGUUGAUGUGGUAGUGAACCUGCCCAAUGGAUUGACUGGCUUUAUCAGAGGUACUGAUAUCAGCGAGGAAUUUAACAGUGUUAUCGAGAACAACGCUGAAGGUGACGAGGAAGCAGAAGGUGAAGAGGAACUAGACCUCUGUGACGUUGUAUCAGUGGGACAGUUCUUAUCCUGCUCGGUUGUUGAUGUAGUUACUGUUGACAAGACACGCAAACUCAACCUCACCACCAAACCGGAGAUAGUGAACGUUUCUGUCAAGCAACAGGAUAUCAACAAGAAUAUGGUGCUACAAGGAGUCAUCCAGAGUGUUGAAGAGUACGGGUACAUGGUGAACGUGGGAGUCAAGGGAGUAACAGCCUUCCUCAACAAGAGUGCUGCAGUGCUCCUGAAGAAGUGUGAUAUUGUCCGGGUGGUGGUCAAUACGGUUAACGAUGGCAACCUUAUUUUAGGACUGUACGCGGUAGGGAUGAAAGCACUUUCGGAGAAAACAGUAACAACGUUCUCUUCUCUGACGCCAGGUCACCUUGUUAAUAUCACCGUUAAGAAACAGGCUGCUAACGGACUGAGAUGUACCUUCCUUGGGGGUAUCCUGGGCUCCGUACACCUAAUACAUCUGAAGGACAUGUACAACAGUAAGAGUGUACUGGAGGUGUACCCUGCUAAACGCAAGUUAGCCGCCAGAGUCCUCCUCAUUAACCCUGAAAACAAGACAGUGCUGUUGAGUACAUUGAACUGCCAUGUAACCAUGGAGACACCCUGCUACCAACUAAAGAAGGGUGAUGUGGUGGAGGAUGUGGAGGUGGUCAGGGUUACUAAACGUGGGGUGUAUGUCUCACUUGAUGACGAUAUCACGGGAUUUGUCCACCUGAAGAAGCUGCAAGACAAGGAGACAGAGAAAGUUGGAGCUAAUUUCAAGGCUGGAACACAGCACAAAGCCAGAGUCAUGGGCUUCAGGGUCCUGGAUAACUUGGUCCAACUAUCUUUAAGACAGUCAGAUCUAGAUAAACCAUUUCUGUCGUACCACGAUAUAACAGUGUGCAGUGUUGUCAUGGCUACUAUAGUCAGCAUUGAGGACUUCGGGCUGGUUGUUAAGCUUGCGGAUAACAUCAGAGGUUUUGUACCGAAGAUCCACAUGGCUGAUAUCAACAUCAAGAACCCAGCUCUCAAGUUUAAACAGAAUCAGAGGGUCAAAGCGAAGGUGCUGACUGUAGACCCUUCUAAACGCAGACUGACUCUAACAUUGAAACGGAGUGUCGUCAAAAACAGUACGGCAGAUGUGACAGGAUACGAGACACUUGAAAAGAACCAACAAGUAACUGGUUGGAUAGCUGCCAUAAAACAGUUUGGUAUCAUCAUGAACUUCACCUCUAAAAUCAGGGGUUUGGUUCACUCAAGUGAAAUAUCCAACGUGCCUAUGACCGAGGCAGAUAUAUGCAAACUGUACAGACUCGGGCAGGUUCUUUCUUGCCGAGUGGUCCACGUGAACCCAGAGAAAGAGAAGCUGUCUCUCAGUUUGAACCUACUGGAGGAAUUUGACACUAAAACCAGCGAAGAAAAGUCCGCCAGAUGGGCUAGACGAGGACAAAUUCACUCCUGCACAGUACUGUCACGUGCUAAAGGUGUAAUCGAGGGCUUUAUAGUACAACUAGACGCUACUAAAGAAGAAGCAUUCCUCCCAACCCACCACCUAUCAGAUUACGCCACACUGUCUGAUCAGAAAACUAAACAUCUCCAGCCAGGUUCCAAGAUUGAACCUGUCCUUGUAAUCAGCAAGAAAAUGAAGAAGGUUAACGUCACCGCCAAAUCGUCCAUCGUCAGCUGGGCCAAAAGUUUCAAGGAAAUGCCCAAAAUCUCAGACCUGUCAGUGGGAGAUUUUAUCGUGGGCUACAUCAAGGAUUUCAAAGACUAUGGCUGUUUUAUUGAGAUCGGUAACGGUUUAGUUGGGCUGUGUCCUAAAUCUUGUCUGGCUGACAAUUUCGUCAGCAACCCCAAAGAUGUUUACAGUUUAGGAGAGACGGUUAUGUGCAAGAUAACCAACAUAGAUACGGAAAAGGAGCGUUUGUUGGUCAGUUUAAAGCACUCCGACGUGGGGUCAGAACCGUCUUUAACAGGAUCUAAACUAUUGGAGGGGUAUUUCAAGGAACUGGACACAUUUGCAGAUACCGUGGACCAACCUGCGGGAUCUAUAGUGGAAUGUAACAUUGAGAGCGUAUCAGAGAAAUGGUACGAAGUAAAAGUUGGAGAAGCGCCAGGGAUGGUUGAUAGAACCUGUGCUGAGGGCGAGCUAAAGGCUGGAGAUAAGAGGAAAGGGGUUGUUUUGGAUCACAAUGCAGGAACGUAUUAUCUGUCUCUGGAGCCGGAACUGGUGGAGAGUGUCGAGGGAAGGGGGAAGAGGAAGAAGUUGACUAAAGGAGCUGAGAUGUCUGCCACUGUAGUGUUAACGACUGAAGAUUACUUUGUAGUUGUUCUACCUGGGGCUGAUCACAGGUUUGGGUACGUGCACCGCAGAGCUCACCUCAGUGAUCUAGGAAGCAGUUACAAGGAUGUCAAGUGUGGUGAUGAACAAACAGUCACUAUCAGCAGGGACAAGAAAGGUACGAGACUGUUACUCUCAUUUGUGAGUCCCACCCCCGAGACCGCUACCUCGCAACCACAACUUAAGAGGAGGAGAGAAGACCAUGUUAUCAAGUUUGACGAUAUCAAUAUAGGAGAAGUUUACACUGUCACUGUAAAGAGUGUAAAGCAACUUCAGCUCAACGUUCAGCUUAGUCAGAAGGUAAACGGAAGAGUACACAUCACAGAAGUCACUGAUUCGCCUAAACCUAGUAGUAACCCGCUCAAGGAAUACAAACAUGGUGAUAGUCUACAUGUGAAACUCAUCGGAUUCAGGCAUUCCAAGACCCACCGCUACCUCCCAAUAACUCGGACUGACUACGUGAGAUCAAUGGGCGAGUUUAGUCUACGUGACUCUGUCAUCAACUCAACUAAAGUCAGGGAAAUCAAGGAGAACGAGAAGGUCGAUGAAACAAAGGACUUGAUAUCUUCCCUAGUGGUGGGGCAGCAGAUUACUGGUUACGUGAAAUGUAUAGACCAUUCCGGUUUCCUCUGGAUAAGUUUGAGUCCAGGAGUAGAAGCCAGGCUGUGGCACACACUGACCUCUUCUGACAAGGAGGAGGUAGAGAAGUGGACAGAGAGAUUCACUGUGGGACAGUGUAUCACUGCUACUGUCUUCAGUACCCGAGAUAACAAGAUAGAUCUCUCCCUUGUUGGUGCCUUGGCUGCAGAUGCCAAGUUCUGGUGCCUAGUAAAAGGAACCCUGCCUGGUAUUGGUGUAAAACUGCAGCUUACAAACAGGGACUUUGGUAUCGCUCCACUCACCGAACUUAAUGAUAACUACACUAAAGACCCACUGUCCAAGUACCACGAGAACGACUUGGUGCAGUGUGUAGUAGUGGUCCCUCCCACUAGCACGGACAGACGUAUGACACUGUCUCUCAGGAAAUCUAGGACCAGUCAGCGCUGGAAGAAAGCCACUGGAGGUCGGAAGGCAGCUAACAAGAUUAUCAGUAACCCGGCGGAUCUUGAGGUUGACUCAGUGUACAGCGGCUAUGUUAGAUCCACUUCAGCUACUGCUGGCAUUUAUGUGUCCCUCGGAUACAACGUUACAGGACGGGUGCUUAUGAAGAACAUGUCUGAUAAUUUCCUCAAGAAUUGGGAACCCAUGUUCCCCCUUGGAAAACUCGUGAAAGUAUUCGUACUGCACACAGAUCCUAAGGUGGAAUUAAGCAUGAAAUUGUCUGACCUGAAGAAAGGAAGCAAGAAGGAGGAGGAAGAAGAGGGAGGAGAGGAAGAAGUGCAAAGAUGUCUGGACGACAUACUGCUGGAGAAAUACCAGGACUCUGAUGGUGGCAGUGAUGGUGAGACUGGUGAAGCUGAUGAGUCAGAUGAUGAGGUUAUGGAGGUGGAGGAUGCCCCCAAGAUAGUUUUCACUUCUAAGAAGAGUGUGGAUUCCACCAACGUUGAUGAAGAGAGCGUCUCGUUGAGAGAAGUCCUGGCUGAGGAGAAAGAGUCCGAUUCUGAGGAGGAAGAUGGGAGUGCUAAAACAGACGAGCCAGAAGCUAAAAAGGGGAAGAGUUUCUUAAAACGUGAGAAGAAACGAAAGAAGGAAGAAGCAGAAGAAGAGAUCAGGAAGAUAGAAAUGAAGAGUAACUCAUCUUCUCUUGAGACCGAAGACGAUUUCGAGAGGGAGGUAGCGAGUAAGCCCGACAGUGGAGCUAGCUGGGUGUGCUACAUGGCGUACUGGCUCGGACUCGGCAAUGUGGACAAGGCUAGACUCACAGCCAAACGAGCACUGGAUACGAUCAACUAUCGACUAGAAGAAGAGAAGCUGAAUGUAUGGUCGGCCCUGUUUAACUUAGAGAACUCGUUCGGUACCCACGAGGGGCUGAUGACAGUCUGCAAGGAGGCGGCUGCUGUCAACGACAGUAAGGCUGUCUUCCUCCGGCUUGCUGCUGUCUUGGACAAGUCUAAGAAAUACCAGGAAUUAGACGACGUGUACAGCUCGGUACUGCUGAAGAAGUACAAGAGAGCGAGGAAGGUUUGGUGCAACUACUGCUCCACUCUCGCCACCCAACAACGUCUAGAUGAGAUGAGAGAGCUCCUCGCUAAAGCUCUCAAAUCCUUACCCAAACAUAAACAUAUCAGGACGAUAUGUCACUUUGCACAGACGGAGUACAAGCAAGGAGAUCCAAACCGAGGCAGCACAAUGUUCGAGAACGUUUUGACAACUUAUCCUCACAGACUGGAUCUGUGGGCGGUUUAUCUGGAUAAGACCAUUGCUCUCAAUGACCACCAGCAGUCUAGGUUGCUACUUGACAGAAUGGUUGGACUAAAACUCCCAAUCAAAAAGAUGAGGUUCUUCUUCAAACGGUACAUAGAUUUCGAAACAGUUCACGGAGAUGAAGCCAAAUUGAACAGUAUCAGAGAAAAAGCACAAAACUAUCUCAGCUCAAACCAAGACGACUAGCGGGACAUGAAAAUUCUAUUUUUAACUUAUUUAAACCGAUUUAUGAGACCUGAC